AUGGCGCUUCUGAGUUGGAAUUGCCAAGGCUUGGGCCGUGAACAAGAUUUGGUGAUUCCGCGUCUAAGGGAAUUAAAGCGUGAUCAUUUCCCUGAUGUUAUGUUCUUGAUGGAAACUAAAAACAAGCGUGAUGUUCUCGUUGAUUUACAAGAGUGGCUAGGCUAUGACAGGAUCUAUACAGUGGAUCCGGUUGGGUACAGCGGAGGUUUAGCACUCAUGUGGAUGAAUUCUGUAAAUAUUGAAUUUAAGUUUGUUGACAAGCAUCUUUUAGACUUUUCUAUUAGAUCCGGAUAUCUACGCUAUUUUGUGUCAUGUGUAUAUGGCGAACCUGUUAGAGGAGAAAGACCUACGGGGUGGGAAAGGUUAUCAAGGAUUGGAGUAAACCGUAAAGCACCUUGGUGUGUAGUGGGGGAUUUCAAUGCCAUAAGAAAUAAUGGGGAAAAAUCAGGGGGUCCAAGGCUAAGUGAGUCUAAUUUCACCGACUUCAACAACAUGCUAGAGGCUUGUGAGCUAUCGGAACUGGUUGGCAUUGGCAACAGCUUCACUUGGGGUGGUAUCAGGGGUAUCCUUAGCAUUCAGAGCAAGUUGGACGGAUGUUUUGGAAAUAAAGCGUGGUUCAACUACUUCCCAAAAUCGAAACAAGUUUUUUUGGAUAAAAGAGGAUCAGACCAUCGUCCGGUUUUGGUCUCUCUUGACCCAAAGCCAAACCUGUAUAGAGGAAGUUUCAUAUUUGAUUGUCGCUUCAUAUCCAAACCGGUGGUCACUGAAACUAUUAAAAAAGCAUGGCUGACAAAUCAUUCUUUCUUUGAAGUCUCAGUCUAUGACAAGCUGAAGAUUUGCAGAAAGAAAAUCAGCAAAUGGAAAAGGACGGAAUCUCUUAACGCUAGAGAUAAGAUCAGGAACUUACAGCAGAGCUUGGAGAUGGAACAGUCAUGUAUGUUUCCAUCAACGCCUAGACUGAUUUGGAUGAAGAAAGAAUUGGUGCAGGCCUAUAAAGAAGAGGAGCUGUUCUGGAGUCAAAAGAGCAAAGAAAAAUGGGCUACUAAAGGGGAUGCAAACACUAAGUUCAUCGGUCAAAAUUUGUUCAAAUCCACAAACCCUGAUACCUUUUCAGAUUUCUUUCAAGGUUUCGAGUCAAGGGUUACCCAACAGAUGAAUGAAGAUCUAGUAAGACCAGUGUCUAAAGAGGAAGUCAAGGAAGCGGUCUUUACUAUAAAAGGAAGUAGUGCACCAGGGGCUGAUGGCAUGACAGGCCUGUUCUUUCAAAGAUAUUGGGAGGUGAUCGGAGCUCAGAUUACUGCAGAAGUCCAGAGUUUCUUCAUGAAUGGUACCUUCCCGGUGGACUGGAACUACACUCUCUUAUGCUUGUUACCCAAGAUAGAGGACCCAGUGCUGAUGUCGGACCUGAGACCUAUCAGUCUAUGUUCGGUGUUGUAUAAAAUUGUGUCCAACAUUAUUGUAACCAGACUCAAACCCAUGCUUCCUAUUUUGGUGUCUCAAUCGCAAUUUGCGUUCGUUAAAGAGAGAUUAAUAACCGACAAUAUUCUGGUUGCUCACGAAAUCAUCCAUGCUUUGAGAACGAACGACAAGUUCUCAAAUUCUUACAUGGCAAUCAAGUCGGAUAUGUCGAAAGCUUACGACAGAGUGGAAUGGUCUUACUUGAAUGCUUUGUUGUUUGCAAUGGGCUUCGAUAAAAUGUGGGUUGACAGGGUUAUGUUCUGCAUUUCGUCGGUAACUUUCUCAGCUUUGAUCAACAAUCAGCCUAACGGAAAGAUAAAACCGGAGAGGGGUCUUAGACAAGGAGAUCCUCUGUCGCCCUUCCUCUUUGUGCUUUGUACUGAAGGCUUAAUCCAUCUACUAGCAAAGGCUGAACAGCAAGGAAGUAUCCAAGGGAUCAAAUUCUCCAAUGAGGGUCCAGUAGUUGAUCACAUGAUUUUCGCCGAUGACAGUUUAUUUGUUUGUAAAGCAGAGGAGAAUCAGACGAAAGAGCUGAUGAGAUUAUUAGAGGAGUAUGGCAAAGCUACAGGUCAGCUUGUGAAUUUACAGAAAUCUGCGAUUACAUUUGGUGCAAAGGUGAGCGAAGGCAUUAAAGAUCAGGUUAGAGCAAUCACUGGCAUUGAAAAUGAAGGAGGAACAGGUUUGUGA